AAAAAAAAAAAAUAUUAAAUAUAAUAAAAAAUUUAAUUUUCUAUAAAAAAACAAAAUAUUACUUUAAAUGCCAACAAAAAAAAAUGAUUUGAAUAAAUUUGGAAAUCACAAAAACUAAACCAAAUAAUAUUUAUAAUUUUAUUUCAAUAUAAACAGCAAUCGGUAAUUGCGACAGCGGCACGCUCAUAUUUAUUUUUGAACAGCUGUUAAGCAGGCACUCUUCUUGCCAUACAAGAUAUCUACACUCGUAUAUGUAUGUGUGAGUGUUUGAGAAUAAAUCUCGUCGAUCACAAUAUAAGCAACCGGCGGGCAUUUAAUGAAAACAAUAACAGUGAUCAGCUGUUAAGCUGAUUAGCCGGAUAGCGUGAGUGUGUGCUGAAAUGCCAGCAUGGUUAAUAGCGCACAUACGCACACAUAAACUUACAAGCCGCUAUAAGCUCAUUUCAUUUGGUGCAAGACUAAGUCGCUUACCCAUGUAGAUAUAACUGUAAAUAAGCAGAAAUUAAAAUACUAAGCUAACGAUGACAUGCUAAAAAUAUAACUCUCAUUAUGUAGUCACACACCUAGUCACACUCACACACAUUUAUACGUAGGAGCAAGCAUGUGCAUUUCCAUUAUUACUUAUUGAUUUCCACUUAAUGUGAUCCGCAGCAGCGGAAGCGUCAGCAUAACUGUAAUAUGCUUGUAAAUAAGAGGAUGACCAAAACAAAAAUAAACAAAAAAAUAAAAUAAAAAAAUAACAACAAAAACAAUUAUGCUUAGUUUAUGCCAUAAUUAGCUAAUAAUUAAGCAAUAGCAGUCGCAUUCUACUUGGAUAAAAACGCAAGUUUCGGUGAAAAACGGGUAAUCACUAGCGCUAAAGUGUAAACAAAUGAAAAAAGAAAUAAAUUAAAUUAUAUUAAAACUAGUCAAAUAGACUAAUUAUAGCAAAAGAAAAUAAAUGUAAACGCAAAUAAACAGAAAAUUGCACAUAAACGCAUUUCACUACAUAGAAUUUGCAUAUUCAACAAUAAGUUUCGAGUGUAAAUUGAUCAACUAGAUAAAAUAAGAUAAAAUGUGUGAGUAGUGCAAAAUAAGUAAGAAAAAAUUUAAUGGGAAAUGACACAACAAUUCCACACAAUUCAAUUCAGCAAAGCAGCAGUCGACUCACAUAAUUAAAUAAAGAGCGUAAAAUAUAAUUAUUGAAAGAUUAUUACAAAUAAAUAGUGAGGGAAAAAUUAAAAAAAAUUUUUUUGCGUGAAAAAAAUUACACAAAAGUGAAUAAGUGAAAAAUAUAAAUAAUUGGAAAAAAGAAAAUAAAUAUUAGUUAAUUAAAAUUACAAUAAAGAAAUUAACAGUGAAUUUUUAAGCUAAAAAAUAGCAAAUAAAUUCUACUUUGUUAAAGGCAAGAUCAACCUUGUGUGUGUGUGUGCGUUCCGCUAAAGCUAGCAAAAAAGUUCCCAAAUGCGGAGAUAACCUCUGCUCAACAGCGUCGAGUCCCAAACAAAGGCUCAUCGAGGCAAAUAAUAUUAACGACACAACAACUCGAAAUACACACACACUUGCAGCGCCAAAGUGAAACACGCACCGUCUGCGAAGUAAUCUUCUAGGGUAAUAAAUAAAUUAUUGCCAGUAGUAAUAAUAAAAGUAAUAGCAAUAUAAUAAUAAACGCCUAUGCAGUAAUUCAACACCACCACCAACAACAACAACAACCACCGCUAGCGCAAAACAACACAAACAACAACUUCUACGGAGCCGCAGCAACAGUAGUUGUAGCAGACAGCAACAAAACUACAACUUGAACAGCAUACUCGAAAAGUAACGGCAAUAAAGCAACAAAAUGGAUUAUAGCCAAUUAGAUGCGAAUAUCAAUGGCAACAUCAAUACGGGCAAUAUCAAUACAAAUGACUUCCUGGCCAUAUUCUCAUCAACAAGUCCCACCGAUGUGCCUGCAACGCCUGCCUCCUCGGCGGGUGGCUGGCCCGGCGGUGGCGGUGGCGGCGGUCACAAGCACUACACACAUCUGUCCACCCCGCCCCACAGCAGUAACGCUAGCAUUUUCUUUGCCAGCAACAGCAGCAGCAAUGCAGGCAGUGCACCGACCGCCGUUAGCAAUACAACAACACUACUUAACCCGCCUCUACUAACCGUCGAUGCUAGUGCUAAUGGCGGCGGCACCAGUGGUGCCGCUGGCAGCGUAGCCAAUCAAUAUGGGUUGGGAAAUUUGCUCGAGAGCACCUUACAGGGCGCCAUCACUACGCUGAGUCCGAAUAAUUAUGUCAACGAUAGUUACUACUUCCUGAAUAGCAACUUUUAUAACGGUAGUAUGAGUUAUAGUGGCGGCGCAGGCAAUUACAGCAAUCAAUCGUUGACGGGUGGCAGCAUUUCAUCUACAAAUUUGUCAUCCAAUCUGACGGAAGUGCAAUGGGACGGUCGCUAUCCGAGCGGUUAUACGUUGCCGCAAAUCGUCAUCGCUUCUGUAAUCGUGACCAUAUUGAUGAUUAUCAUCGUGGUAGGCAAUAUGCUGGUCAUCAUUGCCAUUGCGACGGAGAAAUCGCUUAAGAACAUACAAAAUUGGUUUAUUGCCUCGCUGGCGGUGGCGGACUUCUUUCUCGGCCUGAUCAUAAUGCCCUUCUCGCUGGCGAACGAACUGAUGGGCUAUUGGAUAUUCGGCAGUUGGUGGUGUGACAUACACUCGGCCAUGGAUGUGCUAUUGUGUACGGCGUCCAUAAUGAAUUUGUGUCUGAUAUCGUUGGAUCGGUAUUGGAGCAUCACGAAGGCGGUGGACUAUCUCAAGUCGCGUACGCCGGCCCGUGCGGCAUUCAUGAUUGCCGCCGUGUGGAUAAUGUCGGCAUUGAUUUGCAUACCGCCGUUGUUGGGUUGGAAGGUGAAAAUGCCGGAGGGACCGUUGCCGAAAUGUGCGGUAAGUACCCGAAAUGCUACAAUUGCAUACAUAACUGUUUUUAGCAUAUGUAUAUAUGUGUAUACCUAUAUAUAUAUAUACAUACAUUUUUACAUUCAUACAUUUUUACAUAGCUGCGGCGCAUUUGCGCGCAGAAAAGUCUUACCCGGCAUGACUGUAUAUGCUCUGAGGGACAAUUGA